UACAAGUAUAAUAGAAAAUUACUUGGAAAAUUGAUUAAAGUUUAAAAUAAAAUUUAACGUAAAAUUAAAAAAAGUAAGACCUACCUCAUGUAAAAUGUCCAAUACGAAAUCUAAAUCAUGUAUAAGCCAAUACUUAAAAAGUAGAGAAAAUGUCAUAAAAGAGGAAAUUCAGUGUGCAAUUGGAAAUAAUUUGGAACUUAACGAGAAGGAAAAUGUUGUUAAUGAAUAUAUUAUGAAACAGAAAUAUAAAGAACUAGACGAAGGUUUUCUUGAUCCGCAUAAUUUUUCACCCGGCAAUCAUUUUUUUAAAGUUAGAGGUAAACUAGAGAAUUCUAAAGUUUUCGAAUUUAUCAGAAAAAUACCAAAAGGUGCAUCCUUACAUUCUCAUGAUACUGCGAUGGCUUCAGGAGAAUAUCUAUACAGCCUUACUUUUAGAGACAACUUAUAUGGAUGUGCUAAAGAUAGAGGUUGGACUAUGCAAUUCUUUCAAGAACCACCAUCAUCAAAUUGGAAACCUUUAUCACAACUAAGAACCAGCGGAACAUUCGAAAGCUUUCUUAAAUCCAAAUUAACUUUAGUUUGUGAUAACCCCGAAGUAAAAUAUCCUGAUUUAAAUACUGUGUGGAGUAAUUUUCAAAAUUUAUUUAUUAAUUUAGAAAAGUUGAUUUGUUAUAAGCCUAUUUUUAAAGAAUACUUUUACCAAGCUUUAAAAGAAACGUAUGAAGAUAAUGUCAAAUAUAUUGAAUUUAGAGGUUACUUACCUACUGUAUACGAUUUGGAUGGAACCGAAUAUGGUCCUUGUGAAGUUGUUGGUAUGUAUGAUGAAGUAAGAAAGCAAUUUAAGCAAGACUAUCCUGAUUUUUUCGGAUGUAAAUUUAUUUUUGCGCCACAUAGAAUGGUUGAUAAAACAGUAAUGGACAAUUAUGUUAAAAUUUAUAAAGAAAUCAAGGCACAAUACCCUGAAUUUGUAAUAGGAUUUGAUCUUGUUGGCCAGGAAGAUUUAGGAUAUCCCUUGACAUAUUUUAUACCCCAACUUUUAGAAAUGAAAGAAUUUGGCUGUAAGUUUUUCUUCCAUGCUGGGGAAACACAUUGGAAUGGACAAUUGACUGAUCAAAAUCUAGUAGAUGCAAUCUUGUUAGAUACUGUUAGACUCGGACAUGCGUUUGCUAUAUUGAAGCAUCCUGUCUUAGCAAAAAUCGUCAAAGAAAAAGGUAUUGCCAUAGAAGUGUGCCCUAUAUCUAAUCAAGUACUUAAACUUAUAGAUGAUCUACGAAGCCAUCCAGCAUCUAUUUUAAUUGCAAACAAUUAUCCUGUUGUUAUUGGAUGCGAUGACCCGUCAUUUUUUGGAACAAAAGGUAUCAGCUAUGACUGGUAUGUAACUUUUAUGGCGAUGUGUCAUCGAGACAGUGAUCUUCGAUUGUUAAAACAAUUGGCUAUAAACUCUUUAGAUUAUAGUGCAUUGGAAGGUGAAGAAAAAGUGAGGGCAAAACAACAGUGGCAGAAUGAAUGGACAAUGUUUAUCGAAUCAUUCUAAAUUCAUACAAUCCUUUAAAUAGAUACAUAUUUACAUAUUAAAAGUUUCCGUAAUCUUCUUAAAA